UCCUUCCCCUUUACCGGAAGCUGCGCACUUUCUGCUGUGGUCGCUGUUCAGCGUAGCUCUUCGACUCCUCCCCUUCGUAGAAGGUGGAUUUUGUAGGAUAAAAGAAGAAAAAGCUGCUGUUGUGCAGGAAAGGCGUGAGGAAAGAGUCAACAAGAAAUUCCAUCAAAAAAAUAACACCCAUUCUGACUCAGUGCUGAGAGAGAGAGGCAUCACCAUGACUGAGAACGAUGUUGACAAUGAACUUCUGGAUUACGAAGAUGAUGAGGUGGAAAAUCAGGCAGCUGGAGAUGGGGUGGACGUCCCAACUAAGAAAGAUGUCAAGGGGUCCUAUGUCUCCAUCCACAGUUCUGGCUUCCGGGAUUUCCUGUUAAAACCAGAGCUGCUGCGUGCCAUUGUUGAUUGUGGCUUUGAACACCCCUCUGAAGUGCAACACGAGUGUAUCCCACAGGCCAUCUUGGGCAUGGAUGUCCUGUGCCAGGCCAAAUCUGGCAUGGGCAAGACUGCCGUCUUCGUUCUUGCUACACUACAGCAGUUGGAGCCAGUCACUGGUCAGGUGUCAGUGCUGGUGAUGUGUCACACCCGUGAGUUGGCCUUCCAGAUCAGCAAGGAGUAUGAGCGCUUCUCCAAGUACAUGCCCAGUGUCAAGGUGGCGGUGUUCUUUGGGGGCCUGUCCAUCAAGAAGGACGAAGAGGUGCUGAAGAAGAACUGCCCCCACAUUGUGGUGGGGACCCCGGGCCGCAUCCUGGCCUUGGCCCGCAACAAGAGCCUCAACCUCAAGCACAUCAAGCACUUCAUCCUGGACGAAUGUGACAAGAUGCUUGAGCAGCUUGAUAUGCGCCGGGACGUCCAGGAGAUCUUCCGCAUGACCCCGCACGAAAAGCAGGUCAUGAUGUUCAGUGCCACACUCAGCAAGGAAAUCCGCCCUGUGUGCCGCAAAUUCAUGCAAGACCCCAUGGAGAUCUUCGUGGAUGACGAGACCAAGCUGACGCUGCAUGGUCUGCAGCAGUACUAUGUCAAACUGAAAGACAACGAGAAGAACCGCAAGCUCUUUGACCUGCUUGAUGUGCUGGAGUUCAACCAGGUGGUGAUCUUCGUGAAGUCCGUGCAGCGCUGCAUCGCGUUGGCUCAGCUGCUAGUGGAGCAGAACUUCCCGGCCAUCGCCAUCCACAGGGGUAUGCCCCAGGAAGAGAGGUUGUCUCGAUACCAGCAAUUCAAAGAUUUCCAGCGCCGUAUCUUGGUGGCCACCAAUCUCUUUGGUCGUGGCAUGGACAUUGAGCGGGUCAACAUUGCUUUCAAUUAUGAUAUGCCAGAGGAUUCGGACACCUAUCUGCACCGGGUGGCUCGUGCUGGGCGCUUUGGCACGAAGGGUCUGGCGAUAACUUUUGUGUCGGAUGAGAAUGAUGCGAAGAUCCUGAAUGAAGUGCAGGACCGCUUCGAGGUGAACAUCAGCGAACUCCCUGAUGAGAUUGACAUCUCUUCCUACAUUGAACAGACCCGAUAAAGGGGGCUUUGCCUCUUCAUGUUGCCCUUGGUUUAAAUUCCUGACCUCCUCCGCUUCCCUGGAGCUUCACGUUUUUAAUUUCAUCUGAUGGAGAAUGAGGUGACCGACAAGUCUGGAACACUCAAACCACACCCCACUCCUGCGGCACGGAUGGAGGAGCACCUAUCACCGGGCUGUGCGAAGUGGGGAGUUGGGGCUGACAUCAGCAGAUAUCCUGCACUCCCUCAGGGCAAAAGUCUCAUUGCUCAACUUGGCACUCAGAUGACAAAGAAGGUUCUGCUGCUGGAGCCUCCACAUGAGACCUCCUUUCAGAUGGACCUCCACUGCCUGCCUGCCAACAAGAUUUUGGGACUCCACCUAUUGCUCUGUCCCCGCCCCGCCCCUCCACCCAUACAUCAAUACUACCAGUGACCUGCCUCUGUGAUGAUGGGAAGUACGAAAGGGGAGCUUAGUUGGGGGUGCUCUGUGAUACCCGACAUUUAAAAGUACAUUUUGUUUUAUAGGGAGGGGGGAAUUCCUUGGAUGGGGAACUAAAAACACAAACAUUUUUUCGUACGCCUGUUCAUCAUUUUUUAAAAAGACUGUUUUCCGUAUAUGUGCGUGUGUGUGUUAUGUAUGCCCUAUCACUUUUUAAUUUUGUCUGCAUGUUAAAAUUAAUCCCCUGUUUAAAGUUGAUAUUUCUUGGCAGGUAAACUAGUAGUGAAAGAUUGAUAAUGUUUUAGUUGUGGCUUGUUCUCUCUUCCCCCGUCCCCCUUUGAGACCCUAUUAUUUUUUGGUAAUAAAGGAGCCCAGCUCUUAUGGGUGUUGAAUUAAA